AUGGGAUGUAGUAAAGACUCUGUUUGGAUACACUUUGAAGCAUCAAAUGAUAGAAGACAUAAUAAAACAAACAAUCAUUAUGAUGCAAAAUGUAAAUAUUGUAAUGAAUUAGUGAGUAGGCAGCCAGAAAGACUUAAAAAUCAUAUAAAAAGAUGUAAAAAUGUUGAUGAAAGUAUUAAGUCAAGAUAUGGUAAUUGUUCAUCCAGCCAAAAUGUACAGUCUAUAUUAGAACAAACAAAAUUAACUUCAUUUGUUGAUAAAUGUUAUCAAAAUGAAAAAGAAGAAAUUGAUGCAAUAUUAGCUCAUAUGAUUUUUGGUUUAGGCUUACCAUUAUCACUUGUAGAAGCUCCUGCAUUUGUAGAAUUUUGCAAAAAGUUACGUCCAUCUUAUGAGUUACCUUCAAGAAAUGUAAUAAGUGAACGUUUAUUAAAUAAAGAAUUUGAGAAUGUACAAAAAUCAAUUAAAAAAUUAGUUGAUAAUGCAAAAUUUGUUUGUAUUGCAACUGAUGGAUGGACUAACUUGAGAAAUGAACCUAUAGUAAACUUCAUCAUCACAACUCCAAAACCAGUGUUUUGGAAAGCCAUUGAAACUAAAGAAACAUCACAUACCUCUCAAUUUAUUUCAGAAUCUAUUGAUCAGGUGAUAAAUGAUAUAGAUCAUAAAAAAUUAGCUGCAGUGAUUACUGAUAAUGCCAGUUGCAUUGCACACAACAUCAAUUUGUUAAUAAAGAAAAUCAUUGAGAAUAACUGGGCAGCAGACAUAAUUAGAAUUACUAAGGAGAUUGUUAAAUUUUUUCGUGCACAUCACAUUGAAGGUGCUUGUUUAGCUCAUUUACAACAAGAAAAAAUUGGAAAAAUUAUAAGAUUACAACUGCCUGUCAAGACAAGGUGGGGCACUCACCACAAUUGUUUGUUAUCUGUUUUAAAUAGCAAAAGGGCAUUGCAGAUGGUUAUUUUUGAAGAUUCUGUAAGCAGUAAAAUUAGUCUUUCAUUAUACAACAAAUUAUUGGAUCCUGGAUAUUGGACUGAUCUUGAACUUUUAUGUAGUUUUUUAAAUUACUUUACAAUUGGUUUUAAAUUAUUUGAAGGAGAUACUCCAAACUUAUCCAAAGUUUAUCAUUGGUUUAUAGAAAUUGGUAAAAAAAUUUGGACCUCAUCACUUCCUAUUACUGAUGCAGCUAAGCAAGCACAUUCAGAUAGAUGGCAAAAAAUGUAUCACCCUGCAAUGGUUUUAGCAUAUUACCUUGAUCCUAGGUAUUGUGGUAAGAGUUUAUCACAAGAACAUUCACGAAUAAACUUUUUAAUUGAAGAAGCAUCAAAGUUGAUCAAUAGAAGUUUAAAUGCUCAACUAGCAAGAGAAAUGCUGGAAUACCAAAGCAAAUCAGGUGUGUUUAACUUAAAUGUAUUAUGGUCGGAUGAAGCUACAAAGAAUCCUACUACUUGGUGGUCUGCUUUAAAAAAUGAGGUGCCAGUACUCUCUGAACUUGCUGCUAAACUUAUGUCAAUUCCUGCUUCAUCAGCAGCAGCAGAAAGAAAUUGGAGUCAUUUUGGCUUUGUUCAUAGUUUAAGAAGAAAUAGACUAACUAAUGACAGAGUUUUUAAAUUG